AGUGAUCCGUAAAGAAACUUUGUAUUUUAGUGUCUAGUUGAUAUAUUAUGGACAGUCUUUUCGCUCUUGAAACAGAAGUUCUGCAAAAAUCUCACGCUGCAAAGCAACAGCGAAACGGCGUUUCUGGGCUCAAGUUUAAGAACCAGGAAAAUAUUUCAGUUAGCAGCAAAUCGGCCUCCACUACAAGAGUGAUGCAAACUGUAGAUGAUAGCUCUGAUUUGAAGAAAAGCAGGGCAAUGCUGGAAGCCAAAACUAUGUUCUACGAAAAAAUGCAGAAUUCGAAAGGAAUUGGAAGUGAUGGGUCCAAGAGGUAUCUAGUGGACUUUGAAAGUAAAAUAUUGGAAGAUACUACCAAGGUUGAACAGCUGAAACAGAAAGGAGAAAUUGUGUGCGAAGAACUUGAAGAAGUAUUUGCUCCAGUGCAUUAUCAGCAUCUGCGCGAAGACGAAGCUCGCGAGCUCGGGGUGGGGUAUUUCGAGUUUUCGCUUGACGAGGAUACUAGACAAAAUCAACUGGAUAUGUUGAAAGAGCUGCACAAAGAAACAAAAGGCAAACAGAAAACAAAGGAGCAGGAAGCAAAGCGGAGGCAAAUUGCUAUUCAAGAACGAUUAAACAAAAUCAGAGCUAAAAAGAAUUUGCCUCUGGUGGAACCCAAUUGUUCAACCGAAGAUAGAGCUGAUAAUGAUAAAGAUUAUGACAAUAAAGAGUCCGUUUCAGAGCUGCAUCAGAAUCGAGCUGAACAUAAAGCAAAUGCUUUGAACCAUAACAGAGAAUGGGACAGUAAAAAAAGAACACUAGCAGAAGUAAUUGACGCUAAAAUCAAGAAAGCAAAAGAAGAGAGGGACCCAGAUUUUGCACCCCCGCAAAUUUAUCAAGAGUCGACUUCCUACAGUUCAACUUCGAGUUAUUCAAAUUCAAUUAGAAACAUUCCUGGAACAGGAAGCUUUGUUUCUUCAACAGGAAAUGCGAUGAAGUCUAUAGAGUCAAUGUACGACAAUGGACCAAAGAAUUUGAAGUCUGGUUUGUGUUUGCCGCGAGAAGGACAGAUUGCUGGACUUGUCAUCGGCGAUUCUAUUCAAAAACGGGUCAUAUCUGAGAACAUCAGCAACUAUGUGUUUGUGCGAGGAUUUGGCGGAGCCAAGGCAAAAGACAUUUGCGAAAGAUUGUCUUUUACACCGGUUAGAAAAAUUAAGCACGUCAUUUUCACAAUAGGAUUGAAUGAUGCUCUAGCUUGCAGCCACGAUGAUCUGGAGUUCCGAGUCUACUUCAAGAAGAGCAUAGAUUUAGUUCAUCAAAAGUUCAAUCCGGAUGUGCUUCAAAUAGGAACAAUUACACCAACCAGAGGAGACUUAAGUCACGUUAAUUCUUAUAUAGAUAGAAUUAAUGCCCUCAUAAAAGAGCUGUUUAAUGAGCUUUCGUUUCAAGACACGAAUAUGCAACUUCUGGAUGUCCAUGCAGCAUUUCAAUUAGCAAUAUCGCCGAUAUGUCAAGACGGCGUGCAUCCGUCAACAGAAGGUGUAAUGGUUUUAGUACAGUGCUACCGCCAGCAGUUUGAAGCGUCCGGAAUCGAAAUUAACUGGGAUCAAGAAGUAACUGUCCGGCAACCGCCUGAAAAGGAAAAGAGAAAAUUAUAAGAACAUUUUUUCUCUAAAAUUUUAUAUAUCCACUAUUGUAGUAUAGACUAAAUGUUACGAUUUCUGUUUACUCAACCAACGCUUGUUGAAAUACCAGUCUAAUUUUUUCAACCAAAGUCACACAUCGGUACACAGAUUUCGUCCCAAAGUAUUUUUGCGAUUUUCAUAUCAGCGUGAGUUGUAAGUUAUGAGGACCAAAUCAUUGCUUCCUAGUUAAGUAGUUUGGCACGUGAAAGUAUGAGUAAUUUCCAGAGUAGAAAUUGCUAGAUGUCAUUUUUUGAAGUUUUUUCGCAUAAUAAGUGGUACGUUGAAUUAUAUCCCCUAAUAUGCGAAGUAAUUUUUUAUUGCUUUAUUAUUGCGAGCACGACACGAGGUGACUGGAAGGAGCUAUGACUGAGAAUAGGUUUUUCCUGAUAUUAAGUUCUUCAAAUAAAGACGGUCUAUGUGAUACUAGGUACUCAAGUUUUAUAGGUAUUUUUUUUUCUUAUCUUAAGAGCUUCCCUCUUAACUUGUGUUGCGAUGUUCAGUUUCGCCUCGUGUUUAUUGAAACAUCUUACAAAUAUUUAG